AAAUAACGAAAAUUGCUAAAAGUGAAGUUGUUGAUCUCUAUUGGGCAAAUUAGUCUUACUUUGUCACACAAUGUCGUGAAUACUUUGUUGGAAAGCCUUUGUACGAGUGUCUGCAACAGGAAAACUCCAUUUUUGGUGACUAUACAUGUAUAAUUUCUUUGGAUUUCUUUCGARGUCGAUCAUCGAUCGUCAAGGACGCCAAAAUGUCCCAGUGAUCAUGGUUGAAURAAUUUUGAACCAAGAUAUCUCGAAAGCUAUUUGUAGUAUAACGCCAUGGAACAAGUUUCUGUGGGAUCUGCUAAGAAAAAGAAGCAUCGCAGGGCCAAGUCUAACUUAGAGUCACAGGCUGCCAUUUCAACUGAUCACUUGAUUUCAGGUGAUGAYGAUGCUAAAGUUGUAAGAACAAGACAUCAAAGCCCAGCAAGAUUUGAGUCAUUUCUGCAAGAUGCAGUAGCUGAAAAUAGACUUCAGGACUCAGCGAGGAAGAAAAAGAAAAAGAAGAGAACACAUACUGCUGAUUCUGUGCUCGAAACAAUCAAAUCAGGUUCUCCAAUUGCAAAAACAGCUUCAAAGUCRGAAGAAAAUCUUAUUGAAGCUAAUCUCUAUAAGGAAGAUGAUUCCAUACCAGGAAAGGAGAGUAAAGAAAGCUACCAAACCCUUUUACAAGAGGAAGAAUUACAGGAAAAUGAAAGAACGCCAAGGAAAUCCAAAACACGGACACCUAAAUCUCAAGCAAGGUACUGUAAUAAGAUCAGGCAAAAUAAUAAAGUCUGCAUAUAUCAUCAUAGGUUUCAACCUAACAUGUGGGAUCAAAAUGUUUGCAAUUGUAUUACAGUGGGCAACUGGGAAGAAGUUCUCAUUUUCAAUGAAUCCUUGUCAUACUUUACAAGUACACAAGARACAGAUCCAAAUAUUAUUAUUUUCUUUGAGGUUGUUGAUUUUUUAAGCAUAGCAGCAUCAAGUAGACAAAAAGGCAAUGAUAAAGGGUGGUAUCAAAUUGCAUGGGCAUUUCUCAAGGUUGUUGGUGGAAAUGGUAACAUCAAUAUUGACCGCAAAGUCAGACUACAGUUGUUCCAUCCAUGUAGGUCCAUGUUUCGAACAAAACCAUCGGAUCAACUUGAGAUUUUUUAUUGGUGGAAUCAAUGCCGUCGUAUUCCCUACCCAUCKACAUUAUAUGUAACAUUAAAAGGGGUUGCCCCACCCAAGAAGAUAGAGCCAGCACUCCGUUCAAUGUAUGCUAUCCAACAGGAGAAGGGAAGAGUUACAUUUGAAGAGCUGACUAAUGAUGCUGAAAGAAGAGCGUAUGGAGUGAGAGAUAACAAAGAAAAUGAUGAACAAGCACCAAACUGGACAAAGUUACCAGGACAAGUGAAUCGUAUCCCCAACAAGCAAUUGUUGUCCCUUCAGUCAGGAAGAAGAGGUUGUUUUGUGGUGAAGUUUUCACACAAUGGAAGGUACCUGGCAUGUGGCUGUGCUGAAGCUGAUAGUUUCCCUGUAAUUGUUUAUGAGAUUCCUUCUGGUCAGUGCAGAGGACAGCUUUUUGGUCACUUUAGUAUUAUUUACAAUUUAUCCUGGUCUGCUGAUGACAAAGAAUUAAUAUCGUCUUCUUCAGAUGGAACUGUCAGAAUGUGGGACAUCCACAGUAUGAUGACAAGUUUCGUUAAAGUGUUUCCUCAUCCUUGCUUUGUCUACUCUGCYGAAUAUCAUCCAACAACAUCGACAAUUAUUGUAACUGGUGGUUAUGACCGCCUUAUUAGAGUAUGGACCAGUGCAUGCGACGGUAUUAAUGGRCAGCUUUUACGGGAGAUGGAAGGCCAUGUUGGAUUUAUCAACUGUGUGUGCUUCUCACAUCAAGGAGAUCAAAUGUUCUCAGCUGAUAGCACAGGCUCCAUUAUAAUGUGGCAGACAGUCAGUGCAAAGAGAAAAAAGAAAGGGCCAUCAGAUUAUGUCAAAAGUUGGACAAUGAUACAACAAGUCAAGGAAGAAGAACUAAUGGGUAAUGUCAUUAACUCUCUGGAGCUCCAUCCAAGUGGRCUAAAGCUUCUUGUACACACUAGAAACAGUGCACUAUGUAUGCUGGACUUACGGAGUUCUACUGUAGUUAAACGCUAUCUUGGAGCAUCAAACUACAAAGAACAUAUUCACAGCACAAUGAGCACAUGUGGAAGCUUUGUGUUUUCUGGAUCUGAAGAUGGAGUUGCCUACGUAUGGAAUGUUGAAACAGGAGAUGUAGUAUCUGUCUACACAAGUCUUAAUUAUGAGAAUGCUGUAUCUGAUGUUGAUUUUCAUCCAAUGGAUCACAUGAUUGUAUUUUGUUCUUUUGGUAAUAGCCAGCCUAUCCUAGUAUACAAAUAUGAUUCUAAAGCUGCCAAGAAUGAAGCAAAACGUAUGCUUGCACCAUCCACUCCAACAAAAGAAGUAACAACUCCAGGAACAGUGACGACAGCUGAUGAAGACAAACGACAUCUCACCUUGGGUGAAGUCACCAGUGACAUCAUGAGACUUCAGAAAGUAAAGAACAAGUUAAAUUCUGUUUUGGAAACUCCUGGUGCCACACCUCGUAUCCUUGACACUGCCAUUCUACAAACACCAGCCGAGACAAGUCUUCAYCCCUUCCAAACCUCCACCAUGUUUCAAACUCCUAACGGAGUUGCGAUAUCAGACAAUUCAGCAAUGAAGACAUUUUCAUCAAGAAGGGGGCCUCAAGAUACCCUCUCGACAUGGGGAUCUGAUUUUACGCCCACUGGCUAUCCCACUCCUGGACAGGUAUCAGGAUAUCCCAUUUCUCCUCAUUCCCAGCAGCACUUGGGAGCUUCAGGUCGGUUCCAGUCUCUCCAACAAUUUCCUCAAACUCCUGGUGCACCUGUAGUAGAUUCUCCUGGAUCACCACUUUUUCGACAUACACUUGGGAGAGAUCCUUUUGCAAAACGAGGAUCUUUGUCAAUGAACUUUCCACAAGACUCGCCUGGCCCUCUGCACAUGUCRCAUCUGCAGCAAAAACCAACAUUCAGUUUUACAGCAGGCUCAACAAUACAUGAACACCYAGAGCAACCUAGRAAAAGGGUAUGUUAG